CCCAGAAACGCUUAGGGCCGUUCUCAGCGUUGCGAUGUUAUGAAGCGACUGUUGAGUCGCGCUCAGUGCGCGCUUUGACGGUGGGGCCGUUGCUGCGCAGGGGCAGGCCACUUAGCGUCGAAAGAUGAUUCCAGACCUGUUUCCGGAUGCUAAGCGACCACGGCUAGAUGCAGGGCCCUCGUUGCGCCAAACUGCGGCGCCACCGGUGGAUGAUGCGCUGGCCAAGCUGCGCCAAGCAGCGCAGUCGGCCAUCGACUCGGUGACGAUGUCCAUGCUGGGAGGCUCCGCGUCCACUGGAUCCACUCCAGCGGCUCCUACUGCCCCCAGUCCCAUGCGUCCCUUGGGGUCAGCGCCCACCGUGAAUCCGUCCAUGUCCACGCCCAAGUUGCCGGCAACCGGCACGCCGGUCGCAGCAACGGUUUUCAGUGGAGGAACUAGUAUGGGCAUGCCUGCCAUGCCGACAACAACGGUACCUUCAGUACCUACGGUCCCAACGACUCCUGUGCCUCCUGUGCCGCGAAGUGCCAGUCUUGGGGCGGUGCCAGCCACCAAUGGCUGUGCAGGCCCUGCAGGUCCUGGUGCUAUGGGAAUGAUCGGCCAGCCAGGUGCUCCGUCGCCCCUGGUGCCGCCGGGGGUGCUGGCAGAGCUGGCGCAGCGGCCCAAGGCGCAGCCGGCGCCACAGAUGGCACCGCCACUGGGAACGGUGACCGCGCAAGUCCAGGCGAUGGCUGCUGGAAAGCUCAGUGCAAUUGAGGCCAUGGCGGGCAUUGAGGCCCCUCACUUCGUGCCUGUCCCUGAGAUCCCCAAGUUGCCAAUGACGCCACAAGUGGAUGCCUUUGGCGCCACGUGCGCUGGAGCAAUGCCCCCACAGCCUCCCGCUGAAGGUGGUGACAACCAAACGGCAGCUCACAUGUACAUGCUGGCGCAGCUGGCAGAAGAGUCGGCACAAACUGCGGCCUCUGCUGCUGCCUGCCUUCAUGGCGCUGAGUCAGAUACCAACCAAGUUGCGGCUUUAGCUGAAGCCGCUCAGCAAGCGGCUGCGCGAGCAACAUGGGCGGCCACUUCUUUGGCCACGUGCUUUCCAGAGCCGUUGCCUGGACAGCCACAAGAGGACGAGUGGACCAGAAGUGUUCGACAAGUCACAGCGCAAGCUUCGGAGGCUGCGGAGCAAGCAGCCAUCAGCUGCCGGAUACAGGCCAAUGACAUGGUCAGCAAAGCGGCAACGAGCUCGAAAUCGAAGGUACCUUGCAAAUGGUUCCUCUUGGGGCAGUGCAGGAAGACCGUUUGUGAGUUCUCGCAUGACAUACAAGAUCUGCAACCAAGGCCGCUACACAAGAAGCGUGCUGAGGAAUGUGUUUAUUUCCAAAAGGGCCAAUGUACUCGUGGCACCGCGUGUCCCUUCGCUCAUGGCCCGGAAGAGUUAGCUGAGAUCACUCGAAUCGUGAGUGACUUGAAGGGGGAGAAACGCUUCCUCCGACGAUGAGGUCCUGCGGUCCUGCUGCUGAUCGUGAGGUGGAAGAGCAGAGUUUCGAGGGAUUUGGCGGAGGAAA